GUGAAAUUUAAGGUAGGCUGUAGUUUAUGUGCAUGUUCGUCACUUAAACCUCCGCUGCGACGUGAGCGUCUUUCCACGGCGGCGCGUCUACCCUAAAGUUCGGACUAUGAGCGCACUGCAUUAGUUUUUUCUCGCCUUCUCUGUUGACGGAGGAAGAAGCAGCGACUCAUGACGGAGACGCCAGACACGUGAAAAACAGCAGUGGCAUCAUGGCAGCUGCAGCAUCAGGCACUGACCAUGAAGAACCCAGGAAACGCAGAAACAGCUUUGAACUUCUUCCGCCUGACCUGCGUGAGCUGAGCGUGGUGCUGCUGGGGAACAGCUGGCCUCUGAGGAGGCAGGUGGGGAACGUGCUGCUGGGAGAGACUGUGUUUGACGCUCAUGAAGCUCCAGGUCACUGUCUGAGGGUCAGUGGACCCAUAGAGGAGAAAAAGAUGGUGGUCGUCAUCACCCCAGACCUGCUGCAUCCUGACGUCUCUGAGGACAAACUGACUCAACUUGUAGAACACUGUGCUCCAGGACCUCACGUGUUCCUGCUGGUUCUGCAGCCUGAAGACCUGACUGAGCCUCAGUCUGAGAGGCUUCGGUCCGUCCUUCAACGGUUUGGGGAUGGAUCAUUUGCUCGUUCACUGGCUCUGAUAUCGGCAUCCGGAGAAGAGAGCGACCUGCAGCGUCGCCUGAUCACAGACCUGAAGAACAGAUGUAGACACAGUUUGGUUUGGAAGGAAGAACAUCAACGUCCAGAGCUGUUGGAGAUCAUGGAGCAAACAGUAAAGGAGAACGAUGCAGACAGUGAAAGUCUGGAACAAGGAGAAGCAGCCGAUGUUGGACCUGCUGGAGGUUUCUGGAAUUUUGGACGUAAAUGGUUCGCCCCUAUAACGUCAUACAUCCCAUCAUCAGUGAAGAGAACAACUACUCAGUUUUCUGACCUCAGGAUUGUGUUGGUGGGAAAAAGUGAAGAGAAAAUAAUAAGCCUCUGUAACUUCAUCAUUGGAAAUCAAGUUUUUCAUCCAAAACUAUCCUCAUUCAGACCAUCAUCGUGUGUAGCUGUCUGUGGAAACUGGAGAGGAAAAUCAGUAACUGUGGUCAAAACCCUGGAUCUGUUCAGUUUGUCUGAGGCGGCGCUGAGAGAACAGGUGAGGAGCUGCACCAGACGUUGUUCACCAGGACCAAAUGUUCUGCUGCUCUUAGUGAAACCAUCUGACUUUAAGAAACAGGACCAUUCCAAACUGAAGCUCAUCCUCAGUUUGUUUGGUCAAAAUGCUAUAAAACACUCAAUAAUCAUCACAACAGACAAGAAGGAAGGAGCUGGAUUCACAAAGCUGCUUCAGGAAUGUGGAGGACGACGAUACGACAUGUCAGACAAAGACCAUCAACGGCUGAUGGAGCUGAUCCAGAAAACUGCUGAUGAGAACAGAGGAACCAUCCUCACCUUUACUGAAGAGACCACAAGACCAGAACCUGACCCAUUCACACCAGUUCUGAACCUGGUUCUGCUGGGUAGCAGAACUAGGCCCGCAGCCGAGGCCAUUCUGGGUCAGACUGCGCUGGGUUCAGCCUCCAGCUCCUCCCACUGUGUCAAACGUCAGGGAGAGGUGUGUGGACGUCGGGUUUCUCUGGUGGAGCUGCCUGCGUUGUCUGGAAAAGCUCCGGAGACGGUGAUGGAGGAGUCGUUCAGGUGCGUCUCCCUCUGUGACCCUGAGGGCGUCCAUGCCUUCCUCCUGGUCCUGCCUGUGGCUCCCCUCACUGAUGAAGACAAGGCAGAGCUAGAGAGCAUCCAGAACACGUUCAGCCCUGGAGUCAACGCCUUCACCAUGAUCCUGUUCACUUUGUACUCAGAUCCUAGACACUCAGCUGUUACUGACUUUGUCAGAGGGAACAGAGACGUCCAGGAGCUGAGUCAGAGAUACUUUAUUCUCAACCUCAGGGACAAGCAGCAGAUCCCUGAGCUGAUGGAAGCUGUGGAGAAGAUAAGACAGGCCACAGAUAAACCGUCAAGCUAUACAACAGCCUUGUUUGCACAUACGCACGUUAACAAAAUCUCCAGGCUACAGACUGAACUUGAUAAGCUGAGAUCUGGAAACAUCGAUUGUGAUGAAGAGGAACAGAACCCAGAGUCUCUGAGGAUUGUGCUGAUAGGGAAGACUGGCUGUGGAAAAAGCUCCUCAGGAAACACUAUCCUAGGAAGGAGAGAGUUUAAAUCCAUGACAAGUCAAACAUCAGUCACCAAAGAAUGUCAGAAAGCUCAGGGUGAGGUGGACGGUCGUCCUGUGGUUGUGGUCGACACUCCUGGUCUGUUUGACACCACUUUAUCCAAUGAAGAGGUUAACGAGGAGCUGCUUAAAUGCAUCAGUCUCUUGGCUCCAGGGCCACACGUCUUCCUGUUGGUGGUACAGAUUGGUCGAUUCACACCAGAGGAGCAGAAGACCUUAAAACUUAUUAAAGACAGUUUUGGAAACAGUUCAGAAAGGUUCACCAUUGUUCUUUUAACUGGAAAAGAUAAACUGGACAAUGAUCAAGUGUCCGUUGAUGAGUACAUGAUGGAAGGACAUGAUUCCUUCAAGAAGUUGAUCGCUGACUGUGGAGGAAGAUUUCAUGUGUUUAAUAACUGUGAUAAACAAAACCGUGAACAAGUCACUGAGCUGAUGAACAAGAUCGACACCAUGGUGAAGAAAAAUGGAGGCAGCUGCUUCACCAACCAGAUGCUGCAAGAGGCUGAAGCAGCGAUAAAGAAAGAAGUGGAGAGAAUCCUGAAGGAGAAAGAAGAAGAGAUGCAGAGAGAAAAGGAAGAACUGGAAAGGAAACUAAAAAUAACAGCCGAGGAACAAAAAGCACAAAUUGAACAUGAGAGAAAACUGAAAGACAGAGAACUUAAAGAUUUAAAGGAAAACAUUGACAGGGAGCGUGCAGAGAGAAAGAGUGAACAGGAGAAGAGAGAAGCUGAAGAGAAAGAAAGGAAAACUCAAGAAGAACAUCAGCAACAGGAGUGGAAAGAAAAACUAGAAGCCUUAAAGAAACAGGUCAAAUCUGAAUCAGAGCUGGAGGAACAAAGGGAGGCGAUUAGAAAAGAGCAAGAGGAGUGGGAGAAAAAACAAAGAGACUGGUGGGAAGAACGAAAACUAGAAGAUGAACGCAGACAACAGAAGGAGAAAGAACUUAAAGACCUUGUGGAACAAUAUGCUCAAGAGAAGGAAGAAUCUGAGAGGAAAAGAAAAGAAGAGGAUGAAAUACGAAAGCAACAGGAGGAAAAGGAGCGAAAAGAUUUGGAGGAGACAUAUAAGAUGAAACUGGAGAAGAUGAGAAAGACUUAUGAAGAGGAGGCCAGGAGGCAGGCUGAAGACCACAAUGAAUUUAAAGUCAAAUACAGAAACGAUCUAGCAGCUAUGAAGCAGGAGCACAAGACACGCCUGAAAGACAAAGAUGAAAAGUACGACCUGUUGAAGGCACUUUCCCUUUAUAAUACACAACAACACAGGAAGGAGAUCAAUGAUUUUGUGAGAUGUGUGUGUAAAAAACGUAAAAACCUGAAAAACAUCAAAGACGUGUUGACAACACAUGAAAACCAAAUGAAGAAGGCAACAGAUGAAGCAGAAAAAGAAAACCUGCAGAGAAUUCACCAAAAAGAAAUGAGUGACAUGAUAGAAGAUCUUCUGAACGAUACUCAGACAAAAGCUUCUUGUAGCAUUUUGUGAGAUAAUUAUUUUUUUGCUGUGGUCAGAUGACAUUUAAAAUUCGUCCCUGCUUAUCUCGUGAUCUAGUCAGAAGGCAGUGACCAAGGAGGAUUCAGGAGAAAUCGAUGGACGAGAGUGGAGCAAGAAACUGUCAUAAUCAAAGGAAAAGGAAAGUGUUGAUGAAACUGGAGCAAAGUAGAGAAGAGAUGAGGAAGCAGCGAGGGAAGUGGGAGCAACGAAGUGCGAGUUCAAUGCUCUUCACUUGCUUCCUGGUUAAUCUUGUUACUGAUGCUUUUUCACCAUUAUCUGUGAUCAAGCUCAAGUUUUCAGUUGAUAACUGAUAACUGCUAUAUCCAAAUUCUUUCUAUUGUACUGUAGUGUUCACAGGUCCAUGAAUCUACAUUUUACAUAUAGUAUUGGACAGGAGGUGAUGUAAGUCUUAUAUUAAAACAGUAUUUUCUGCCCUAACCAUUGAUACACUUAGGUGACGCAACCUGGAUCUUAUCAUGAUCCUACUCCAUCUAUCAGUAACCAGACCCAAAGACUGUCUCCAUAUUUCUUCCAAGCCUCUCUCCUCAGGCUUCACCAAGCACCAACAAUAACAGUUGUAAAACCUGCAUGCGAACGCAAUAAAGAAAGAGAAGACUUUCAGUUGGACCCAAAGUUCUGAAUUGGACACCAGAACCUUCAGGCAUCACAAAACUGACAUUGUUGUGUUUAGUGGACAAUACACUUUCAUUUGAUGUGACUUUGGACGAUCUUUAUUCACUAACAUACAGAUGUUAUGAUUGGAGCAACGUUGCCAUCCUUUGGUGAAAAUAACAAGUUUCACUAUGUAAAAGAUUUAAAAUAACGUUACAUGUUUAUUGUGUUAUGAUGUGAUAACACUUUGAGCUUGAUGAAAAAAGGAAAGUAUAGUUUAGUCCAAAUUUAGGAUUAUUUUGAAUAGGAUAGUUUAACAAAAUAGGCAAGAGGCGGAACUUCUUCCCGUGUCUACAGUUCAGUGACGCCCUGAGGUAUUUAGUGAGUGAAAAACUUUAUUCAAAUUACACCUUCUUGGCAACUUUCUUAACUCCCUCCCCUUUCCCACUUUAAUCUUUGCGUUAAUCAAACUUUGUUUUCUUAAUUUCUUUGUAGAUCUUUAAUAACUGUGAUUGUUGUUACGCAUUUUUAUUGAAGUAGUCUAAAGUUAACAACUUCGGUUCCAGUCAUUUUUACCUCUUGCUGAAAACUGACCUCGCAUGUAAAGCUUCCUACUGCUUUGAACAGGCAGGAUUAAUGUCUCUCUCGACUUCACUGAGAAUGCUGGCGUUUCCUCCAAGCGCUGAAGAAAACUUCCAGAUUCACUAAUAACUUUUAGGGAUCUAGAGGUUAAGAACGAGUGCUCUUUUCUCCUGCCCAAAAUUAAUCACACUCUUAGGUAUUAGGUUCAUUCAUCUGUUCAUUUAAAGUGUUCAUUUCCAUCGUCACACACAUUGCUGUUUUUUCAUAUUUACUGUUCAUUCUUUUAUUGUUUUUAUCUGCAUAUUUUCAUAUUCAUCAUUUGUUGAUAUGUCCUGUAAUAUUAUUAUAAUAAAACACUAAAAUGAUUAUCAUCAUAUAAAA